AUGAGGAAGUGUAAAAUUUUUGUUGGUUCAUCACACCCAGAAUUGGGAAAAUUGGUCUGUAGCCGUUUGGGCGUGGAACCUGCUCCAUGUACGUUGAAGAAGUUUUCCAAUGGUGAAACAUCUGUUCAAAUUGGUGUGUCUAUUCGUGACGAAGACGUCUACAUUAUACAAUCUGGUCUGCCAGAAAUCAACGAUCACAUUAUGGAAUUAUUGAUUUUAAUUUCCGCUUGUCGUGGAGGUUCCGCUUCCAAAAUCACUGCUGUCAUCCCUCAAUUCCCAUAUUCCAAGCAAUCCAAGAUGAAGAAACACAGAGGCGCCAUCACUGCUAGAAUGUUGGCUAACUUGCUAGUCAUGGCUGGAGCAGAUCACGUGGUAUCGAUGGAUUUGCAUGCCUCCCAGAUGCAAGGGUUCUUCACCAAGCCUGUUGAUAACUUGUUUGGGGCUCCAACAUUAGCCAGGUGGAUUCGUCAUAAUAUCCCAGAUUGGGAAACUGCCGUUGUUGUUUCUAAGAACCCCGGUGGUACCAAAAGAGUCACUGCCUUGGCAGACUCAUUGAAGAUUAACUUCGCCAUGAUUCACACUGACCGUAGACGUAAUCAGGAUGGGUAUAAUGGUAAAAGCAAGAAGAAGGCUUUGAAAAAAUCCAAAAGGAGUGAAGUGGACGGAGAAGAAGAAGAAGAAGACAAUAUUGUCUCUGAAAUGCAAACUGCUAGAAUUGUUCAAGGUCACGUUGUUGACGACGAUUACCAAAGCCCAUCUUCCAAGACCACCGGUUCUAGUUCAUCUGCUGCCUCUCAAAGCGAUCAGUUGAUUAACGGUAGUGAUGCUCUCGGAGGCACAUACGAGGCAGGCAAUAAUUCAGAUGACGACGACGAACCUACCUCCAUUGAUCAAGAAAAAUUGAUCACCUUGGUUGGUGAUGUAAACGACAAAGUAGCAAUCAUAUUGGACGAUAUGAUUGACAAACCCAGCUCAUUCAUUGCAGCUGCAGAACAUUUGAGAUUAAAUUGCGGAGCCAAGGCCGUUUAUGUCGUUGGAACCCACGGUAUAUUCAGUGACGACUGUUUGGGAGCAUUGAAUGCUUCUAAAUGUAUCGACAAGAUAGUUGUAACGAAUACCUACCCAAUUGGCAAGGAUAGAAUCGCUGCCAAUGAAAAGUUGGCUGUCAUUGACGUUUCGCCAAUUUUCGCUGAAUGUAUAAGAAGAGACCACUUCGGUGAAUCCAUUAGCGUUUUGUUUGACAGCUUAGCUGCAAUUGAAUAG